CCCGACGCCCCGCAGUAGCGCCGCCGGUCCGCUGCCGGCCGCUCUAGGAUGUAGCCCUCUACACUCCUCUGCUCAAACAAGUCUUCCGCGGCACAGCCGCCAUGCAUUAGUCUUAGGAAACAUUAAAUUAGCGUUAAGAAACCAAGUCUUCCAUUAGUUAAGUAAGUAGAUUAAGAUGCAAAGGCAGGGCAGGGCUCCGCGACGCGAUGCAACACAAAACAAUAGGGUCGUAUUCGAGCGGCUGUGGCGGGGCACGUUCCAAGCUGUACUGGCGGGGCCGGCGCGGCGUGCGCGGGCCUCCUCGCACGAGCCCACCUCGGACGUGGCGCUCCCGAGCCUGGCCCCGCGGCCCGCGCCGCCCGACGCGCUCGCGCCCGCGCUGCGCACCAUCCUCGAGGGGCUCCGCAACUCGUGCUGCUGCCGCUGUAACUGUAACGCGACAGAUCGCAACUUUAACGACAAUUUGCAGGUCUGUCUCUCCAACGAUGAGGAGAGGAAGUCCAUGCGAUCCGUCAUAAGUGUUCGCGAGACGCACGCGGUGGCCGAAGCCCAGCAGGAGAAGAACGCUCGGCUGCGUGACGCGUUCGGUAUCUCGCCGCGGUUCGUGGAGGGCUCCAGCUUGGACCCCGAGCGACGCGCGCGCGAGCACGCGCAGCGCUACCCGCUUGUGCGCACGCCCAGCCACGAGCGCGACGAGAGAGACCCGCACCCACCCAAGAAGAAGAAAAAGAGAAGUACAUCACCUGAUGCUAAGAAACUGAAGAAGAAAAAGUCAAAGAAAAAUAAAAAAGAAAAACAGGUGACGCUUCGGUUGUCCAAGAGUGAAAGAAAAAUGUUAUGGAACUUCAUCACUAGACAAGAAGCGAGCAAGAAAAAGAAGAAGCGCUCCAAGUCACCGCCGGAGUCCGACAGCUCGAGUAGCUCGGAGGGGGCGCAGGACAGCGACUCCGCAUCCUCGGACGACGAACGACACAAAAAGAAAAAGAAGAAAAAAUCGAGCAGCCGACGACGCGGCAGCAGUGAAGCUUCGAGUCGUGACAGUUCCCCAGUAAAAUACCCAAAAGAGAAGAAUCGUGAUCGGGACAGAGAAAAGAUUAGGGAUCGCGAUCACUCCGUUGAAGAAAGAAAUAAUGAUAUUCAGUACAGAAAGGUAGACCGAGAGGAGAGAAACAAGAAGUACGACAAACGUGACGAGCCUCCGCCGCGGGACUCCCGGCACAACGACAGGCGACGACAGCACUCGUCCUCCGAGGACAGAGACUCCUCGCCAGAGUACCGACAGAGGUCCUACAUCACCAAAAUAGAGAACAAGAAGCGAGAACCUUCAAUAGAAUCAGACAGAGAGAAACGAAAGAGUUCCAAGCGAUCAAAACGUGAUCGCCAACGGUCUUCUCCGGAAUCAGAAUCAGAACCCGCUCCCAAAGGCAGAUCCGAGAAAAGAAGCAGGAAACACUACUCCAGAGAAUCCAGCCCCUCUCCACCACCAGAAAAGAGGCGGCGUAAGAGUCCCUCCCAGGAAUACAGAAAGCGAAACGAGGACACUUAUUACAACAAGAAGGACACUCUCAAAGAAAACAAUAAAAACCACAAAGACGACAGAGAAGAACGUAAAGCUUCAAGGAGAAGUGAAUCUCCAGACGACAGGUACAGCCGGCGCGAGAACUCGCACCCCAGGAGGAAGGAGAAAGGUAACAAAUAUGAGAAAAAUCAUAAGAAUAAUCACGAUAAUUAUGAAGAGACUUCAUCCAAACGAAAAUUUAGAGACGUGUCUGAAGACAAACCACGGAGGAAGAAGGACAGAAGUGUUUCUAGAGACAAAAGAGAUUCUUCCUCGGAAUACAAAGAAAAGUCGCCUGUCCACAAAAGUUCUAAAACCAGAGAAUCUCGAAAAGAGGAGAAAUCGGUAAAACGAUCAGAAAGAAAGUAUUCGUCAUCCGAGUCCGAAUCAGAACCCAAACAUAAAUCAGAUAAAAGUAAAAACAAAGCUCGCUACUACAAGGACAGGAGCGAGUCUCCGCCACAGAGAGAACAUCGGAAACGAAGCCGUUCCUCUGAACACAAGAGGAAAGAAUCCCCGCCCGCUAAAAGCAAAGGUGAUAAACACAAAAGUCGGAAAUCAGAAAGUAAACGUGACAGCAGUAAGCCCACCAGAAAGUCCCCUUCACCAGAAGAACGAUCUCGGCGCAAACCGUCACCGAGUCGCUCCAAAUCUCCAACUCCACGCAAAAGCUCAAAAAAGGACAAACGAAAGAGUGUAACACCUGUUAAGAAAAGCAAAAAGUCGUCAGAGCGAGGCACCGCAGAGCGCCGCGCCUCGCCCUCCAAGCCCGAGCACCGCGAGCGCUCCGACAAGGAUCGCAACCACGACAGUCGGCCCGCGCACAGGGACCGGUCGCGGUCGCGCUCCGCACGCAAGAGUCGCAGCACUUCUAGUCUAAGCUACUCUCCAGCUCGCCGCAGCCCCGAGCGGUACAGGGAUAUCAUAGAGAAAUUACCUGAAAAGGAUAAACGCAAAUACAUCAAAUCUCCGUCAGACCUACAACCCAAAAUGAAAAGCAGCAAAGAUUUGGCCGAAAACUACAAACCCAAAGCGGUUUGCAUGCGUAGCUCGUCCAGCGAACUGGACGACCAUGAAAUUGAAUUUACAAGGAUAGACGAUAGGCUUCGGCAGGAGGAAUUAGACGUCAAAGAACUCAGUAGACUGCAACAAAGACUGGCUAAACUAGCUAAAGUGUCGAUCGAGCGCAUCCGAGUCGAGGAGAUGAUGAACCGACCGUCGACGUCGACGUCGGCGUGGCAGGCCACGCGGGACGAGUCUCAGCCGAGAGAAACGGAAAUAGUCGUCGAGAACAAUAAAAGGAAAGAUAAGAGUCCCGUGAACCCCGCUAAAGAUAAAGCUAAAGAGAAAUCUCCUGCGGCAGUGGAAGAAGUAAAGAAAAGCCCAGAAGUGACUAAGGCUCCAAGUCCUAAAAAGGACACGAGUCCACCGGUGAACGUGGAGUCGUCGCCGGAGGUGAGGAAGAGCGAGGAUGUGGCGGGCGGGGGCACGCGGCGGCGGUGGUCGCGGUCGUCGUCGCGGCGGUCGGUGUCCCGGUCGCGGUCGUCGGUGUCUCGCUCGCGGAACAAGUCGUCCCGCUCCCGCUCGCGGUCGCGGUCACGCUCGCGCUCCUCCAGGUCCAGGUCGCGCUCCUAUUCCUCCUCAAGACGGUCUCGCUCAAGUCGGUCGUCCUCGUAUAGCAGCCGGAGUUCCUCCAGGUCUUCGCGCAGCACAUCGAGGUCCACCCGGUCGUCUAGAACAAUGACAGGCGUAUACGCGGAUUACCGUAGAUCGAGCGAGUCGCGCGCACGCACGCGAUCGCGCUCGCCUUCCAUACCGCGCCGCGCUGGCUCGCCCAGCUUCUUGGAUAGGCGACGGAUCACGAGCGCGCGCAAGCGCCCCAUCCCGUACCGGAGGCCGACACCAUCGACACCAACAUCCACCGUCAGCAGCCGCUCGUCGCAGCACAGCUGGUCCCGCUCCCCGCGACCCGACAGAGAAUAACAACCUCUAAUACUAAAUAACACACACUUAGGACCAUUUAAACCAAUAUUCAACGACAUAACAUGCACUUCUAAACUAUUUACUAUCUAUAUCUAUAGCUGUACCUAUUCAAUUCCAAAAAAACAAAGUUUAUUAUGAAAUUUAAAUGUCUGGUCAACAUUUUUGUAAAUAUGAACCGCAUGUAAGGUAGCAAAUAAGCCAAAAUAAUCGACUUUUUGAUUGAUGUUUUAUCAAAAAUAGAUUAAGAUAAUAUUUUAUCUAGUCAAAUGUGCUUACUCUAAAAAUUCCUUAUUGGAAACGAAUACUUGAUCUCUAAGUAUUGCAUUUUUUACUUUCGUUUUGUUGUUGAUAAUUUUAUUUAAAUUAUUCUCCUAUUUAUUUUAUUGUAACGGAAAAUACUCUAGUCAAAAACGAGUACUUAAUAUUUAUAAUUUAUUAGAAUAAAGUGCAAUAUAUUUUAUUGAAAUCUCAUAUUUACACUAUUUAAUUGAUUUUACUAAUUUAAUUUUACUCAAGUCAUUUUACAAACUAUUUAUUUUUCUAUUUAUUAAAAUACUAUGGUAGAAUAGGUAAUAAACUGAAUAAUUCUAGUGUUAUAAGGAUGUAUUGUAUGUAAAUGAUUGGAACUAUCUAUUUGUUUCAAUAUAAUUAUAACUAAGCAAUAAAUAUGACGAUACUCAAUAAUACUCAGUUGUAACAGUAUAAAACAGUUUAAUAAUGAUAUAAAAAUAUAAAGAGAACUUAUACAUACUUGGUUUGUAAAGAGAAAUUUCAUCUUAAUUAAAAAAUGCACUGCGUAAGAAUUGAUUUUGCAGAUUAUGAAUUAGUGAAAUAGUCUUAGGCACUCCCACAAACCUGUGUAAUAUUAAAUUAAUAUCAAGGUAAUGGAACAAACUGCUGUUGUCAAAUAAAGUACCCUGAUACAA